AUGUCUGCACCAGCUUCCCCCAAACCCUCCCCCAAACCAUCCUUCGACUCCGAGGACCGCCCAGAGUCCCAGGAUCAUACGACAGCAUCCACAGGCUCCGGCCACACCCGCACCGCCAGUGACAAAUCCGGCGACUACAGUCCCCGACGACGAUCGAUCCAGUUUAGCGUCGGAGCCGCGGAAGCCCAGCUCCCGACUCGGAAAUCCAGUUUCAAGGAAAAGCGGCUGUCAUAUGGGGAUGCUCCGACUCGAGAGAGGGAAUUGGAAGAGAAGGACAGGGAACACAAGGCCGCUCUUGCGAAUAGAGGGCCGUCUCCGCCUCCGCCAAAGACUUAUGAGCGAGGCGUUUCCUUUGAUACUUUUGAUAAUUUCGAUGCGACUGAUUUUUCCCUUACAUUGAACUACAAACACAAAGGAUACCAGAGCACGCGACGCAGCAGGACAUUUUUAUGUGGAACGGAUCAAAACGAUUACUCUGAAUUUGCAUUAGAAUGGCUUCUUGAUGAGCUGGUGGAUGACGGAGAUGAGAUUGUUUGUCUCCGGGCUGUGGAGAAGGAUUCGCGCAUAGCCAGUGACGUCGGCAUUGAGGAGGGCAAGUACCGACAGGAAGCGGAGAAGCUGUUUGAGCAGGUUAUCCAGAAGAACAGCCAGGAUGAGAAGGCUAUCAGCUUGGUGCUGGAACUUGCAGUCGGCAAGGUCGAGAGCAUCAUUCAGCGCAUGAUUCGCAUAUACGAACCUGCAAUGCUCGUUGUUGGCACGCGUGGCCGCAAUUUGAAAGGAGUGCACAGUCUUCUACCCGGUUCGGUCUCGAAAUACUGUCUUCAACAAUCACCCAUUCCCGUCAUCGUCGUGCGUCCAUCCCCGAAGCGCCAAAAGAAGAAACUUAAGCGCCGAGCGGACCCUACUCGUCGCAAUUAUAACCAUAUCCUUGAAAUGAGUGAGCAGCGUGGCAGUCGCAUCUUCGACGCCAGCUCCAGCACUGAAAGCAGUAUCUCGAAACUACCUGGCGAGGAAGCUGCCGUCGCCGAGGCCCUGGGUCUCCCCGCUUCAUAUUCAAAUGCGAACUCGCGAAGUUCACUAUCAAUCUCAGAUCGGAGCAGUCUCAGCGUCGAUGAAUCAGACUCAACCUAUCCAGCGCGAAAUUCACUGGAUGCCGUUGUCAUGGGAAGUCCAGCCGAGAGCUCCCAAGAGAGCAUUGUUGGCGAUGAAAAUGGAAUCAAAUCAUCUCCAGAUGACGCAACGGAUCUUCCUUCAUCUAUCGAGCAAGACGACUCAAACGAUUUUGCGUCGGCCGCCGAGACUGAAAAGCCCAGCGAGGCAGAUGAGACACCCGAGAACAAGACACCGGUAUCCAUUCCUGUCAUUGAAGUGUCAAAUGACAAUGAUCAGAACGAUAAAAAAGAACAUUAA